GUUUGUGUAUGUGGUAUGUAGAUGGUUGUCAGCUCGCCCCCAGUGAACAGUGGAAGUAAAGCACUGCUGUGGGCAGAGUCAGCCACAGACUCAGAGAAGGAAACGGAUUUACGUUUGUGUUUCUUCUCAAUAGAGGAGUGUACUGGUUUACAUGUUGUCAAGGACAACAUCACAUUGGAGAGUUAGCAUUAGUUAUUCUGCAGGAGUUCAGGAUGCUGCAUCCGAAGAAGUCCAAUGAUGGAGUGUCUUUCAGGAUCUGCAGUGUUUUUCUUUUCAUCAUUCUUCCUUCUGUUGGAGCUCAGUCAAAGUUGGUUUGUUCACAUCAGCCAAUCGUAGCCUGGGUUGGUGGUGAUGUAAUUUUGCCAUGUCACCUUGAACCUGCACUUAGUGCAAGUUCUGAGAUCGUGGUGUGGACCAAACCUGGUUUGGACCAAAAGUACAUCCAUGUUCACCAAGAUGGACGACUGAUGUACCAGAGUAAAAAUCCAUCUUAUCAUUCCCGAACAGCUAUGUUUGAGGAUGAACUGAGUAAAGGAAACGUCUCUCUGCAAAUCUUCAAUGUGGAAAUCUCUGAUGCAGGAAAAUACUCCUGUUUCCUUCGAUCACUGCAGAAAGAAGCUUCCAUCCAACUCAUUGUUGGUGCUGUCUCCUCGCCCAUCAUACAGGUUGUCUCAGAUAACAGUGACAGUGUGGUGUUUCAGUGUGAGUCUGCAGGCUGGUAUCCAGAGCCUGAGGUGUUUUGGCUGGACGGUGAGGGAAACCUCCUCUCUGCUGGACCUACAGAGACAGUCAGAGGUCCUGAUGACCUCUAUACUGUCAGCAGCAGAGUGACUGUGGAGAAGAGACACAGCAACAGCUUCACCUGUAGAGUCCAACAGAAGGACAUCAACCAGACCAGAGAGACUCACAUCCAGGUUACAGGGACCAGGAGGAACAAGAAAACUGACGGAAACGAAAUUAAGGCCGGCGUUCUCGAGUUGUCCAGAUUGACUGGGCUAAAGGAACUGGAGAACCAGGGAGCAACUGGGGAACAAAGAGAGUGCAGACCAACAGAAAGACGAGGAACAAACAAAUAACCUACAAAAGAUGGAGGAACAUAAUGUCAUUAGCAUUACAGCAAAGAGGGGAAAAGAACAAAGUGAAAAUGGAGAAGAGGAACUGUGGAGGACGCUUCAGUCAAUGAAGACGAUGGACAGAAAUAAGAUGCCCUCAUGAUACAGCAGGAAGAACUGUGGAGAUGAACCUGAACUUCAGGAAGAGCAACACAGAGACAGCUGACAGUUUAUAACACAAUGCACGCUGCAAAGCAGUUUUUCAUACAAUGUGACUUUAAAACAAACAAAAAAAGACAAAGCAAAUGAACAUGUCACCAGUGCAGCAGUGUGACUCGACUACAAUGAAGCUCUAUGGCACAGAGGAAGAUAAAAAAAAUCAACAGCUUUAGUAAAUUUAAAGAUGACAAUUUAUCAUCCCCCUCCUAUAUUGUUAUUAUUGAAAUAUUGUUCCUGUAUGAGCGGAGAAGAUUUGCCUCCUAAAAGCUAAAUAAACUAUUUAAAGAGGUGGUAUUAUGCUUUUUAGGCUUUUUCCCUCUCCUUUAUUGAGUUAUACUCCUUUUUUGUGCAUGUAAUAGGUUUGCAAAGUGAAAAAGCCCAAAGUCCACCCCAAAGGGAGUUCCCAUCUCCAACAGAAAAGUCAUGCUUGAAAACAACUUAUUUGUAGCCUUCAACACAGG